AACAGACACCGACAGCCUAGUGACAGGGAGAUCCGAGAGAUUGCGAAAAUAAAAAAAAAAUACAUAAAAACUAUCGCUAAGUGUCUGUCAGAUUGUGUCAUCGAAAGGGACAGAGGCAGGUAACGACGGUGGUGACAGCGAGGAGUCAGUCCAUCAGACCGAAACGAAUCGCUGGCUCCACCCACCAGAAUGGAGGAGCCAAUGGAGGAGGGCCACACCCACUGCGUAAACUGCGUGAAUCGAAGGUGCAUGGCCAAGCCAGAGCCUGGCGUUUCCUGUGACCUCAUUGGCUGCCCCAUGACCUGCGGCGCCAUUUUCCACUCGUGUAAAGCGGACGAGCACUGUCUCCUGUGCCCGCUCGAGAGAGUGCCUUGCUUGAACAGCGGCUUCGGCUGCCCGUUCACGGUCGCCCGCAACAAAAUCGCCGAGCAUCUGGAGACGUGCCCGGCGAGCGUGGUCUGCUGCACGAUGGAGUGGAACCGCUGGCCCAUCGGCUACGCCGACCGCAAGUCCUACGAGAGUCUGAGCAAGGACCUGGAUGUGGUAGACCAGCUGGACAUGGCUCUGGCUUUGCAAGACCAGCGGAUGCUGCUGGAGUCCCUUAAAGUGGCCACCAUGGUGUCCCAGAGUAUUUACAGUCAGGUCGCGGACAGCGCGGCCGUGCCCACAAGCGUGCCGGAGGAGGGAGCCGCCAACGGCGCGGUUGGCAUGGAUGCGGAAUCUUACAGUGAACUUUACCAAGCCACAGUGGAGACCAGUAGGAGCUUAGCAGCAGCACUGGAUAUCCUCAGCAGCUCGACCAAGGAAACGGACAUGGGGAACAGAAAGGUAAUGGAGGAAAAGUUGAACAGAACUGAAGUGUUGCGUGACCAAGAUGAGGGAGGUUUGGACUUGGAGAAUGUAGAGAUGAAGGAGUGUGAGGGAGACGCAGACCAGGAGCUGGGAGCUGUGGGUGGACUGGACCAGGGGGUCAGAGCAGACCCAGGGGACCAAGCUGUGGGUGUGAGAAGCACACAUACAAAGCGGAAUCAAAGUGAUGAAUAUCCGGCAGACAGUGUGGACGCGGACAGUAUGAUGGCUCUUGCCGAGGGGGAGGAGAAGGCCCUGUGUAACGGCUUUCACUUCAGCGGGGGUCACCAAACGGGUCAAGAUCAGGACCAAAUGGAUUUCGACCAGACAGAAUUGAUGCACUCCGAAACAAACGGGCCCUGUGAAACCAGGCAGCCUGAAGAAGGACCAGAUCAGGAUCAUUCCAUUCCAGCAGAGGCACAGGAGCCCUCUGGAUCCCCGCUGCCAGCGGCACCGUCACCCAUUCAGGCUUCCCUCCCCGACCCUCCCCCAAACAACGGCCCCCAGCAGCCGCCGGCCGACAGCGAGGACGGCUGGCCGGGCUGCAAGCUGCAGAAUGUGCAGGUGCUGCGGGGCACCAGCGCGUUCAUGGUGAACGGCCGCAGGGCCCUGCUGACCGACUCCUACCUGUUCCGCGCCAAGACGGAGGACAAGGCCGUGGAUACUUCGGACCUGGAGGUUCCGGACGACCCGAUGGGCCUGCAUGGGAUCGACCUGAUCACGGCGGCGCUGCUCUUCUGCCUGGGCGACUCUCCCGGUGGCCGGGGCGUCUCCGACAGCCGCUUCGUGGACGGCUACCGCGUGGACUUCGGCACGCAGACCUUCUCCUUCCCCUCAGCCAUCCUGGCCACCGACACCAUGGUGGGCGACAUCGCCUCGGCGUCGGCCUGCGACCACGCCAGCCCCCAGCUGUCCAACCCCAGCCCCUUCCACACGCUGCGGCUGGACCUGGUGCUGGAGUGCGUGGCCCGCUACCAGACCAAGCAGCGCUCCAUGUUCACCUUCGUCUGCGGCCAGCUCUUCCGCCGGGACGAGUUCUCGUCGCACUUCCGGAACGUGCACGGGGACAUCCACGCCGGGCUGAACGGCUGGAUGGAGCAGCGCUGCCCGCUGGCGUACUACGGCUGCACGUACUCUCAGCGCCGCUUCUGCCCGUCCGCGCAGGGUUCCCGGGUCGUGCAUGACCGCCACCUGCGCUCGUUCGGGGUGCGUCCGGCAGCGCCCACGCUCCCGGACGAGCCCCCGCGGGGGGCAAGCUCCGCGCCCCCGGCCCCGGCCCCGCCCGGCGACCGCCUCAGCCGCCUCCCGUUCGAGGUGCUGCAGCACGUGGCGCGGUUCCUGGACGGGUUCAGCCUGUGCCAGCUCUCCCGGGUGUCCCGCAGGAUGAGAGAGGUGUGCGCCAGCCUGCUGCAGACCCGCGGCAUGGUGGUGCUGCUGUGGGCCAAGAGGCAGCGGCCCGACGGGACCACAUCCUGGCACAUCAAGGACAAGGUGUGGCGGUUCAGCACGGCCUUCGGCACCGUGCAGGAGUGGAAGUUCGCCGACAUCGCCAGCAUGGCCGACCACCUGAAGAGGUGCCAGUUCAACACGGUGGAGCGCCGGGAGGAGGCCGUCCCGUUACCCUGCAUGUGCUUCACCCGAGAGCUCACCAGGGAGGGGCGGUCCCUGCGCUCCGUCCUCAAACCAGUAUUAUAACAAGACGGCAGAGCCCCACCCACUACUCUCCCAGCAGGGACGAAAAACCCCACGCUAGCUCUUUGUGACAUACGACACUUAACCUGAUAUACUACAGAUUUAUACAAAAUACUCUAUUGCUGUGUAAAUAAACAGAUGUUUUGAUGUUAAGUUUAUUUUUCUAUGUAAGAUUCAGUACUGUGCUGCAUUGAAGUUGGAAAAGGAGCCUUAAUGUAUGAAAGAAUACUUGAC